AUGACCAAUACCACUCCCACCAAGCUACGUAUGGCUGUACUGGGUCUCGGUCGCAUGGGCCUGCGCCAUGCCUCGAAUGUGGCGUACCACGUACCCCGCGCCGAGCUUGUUGCCGGCGCCGACGCAUAUGGGCCGUCUCUAGCCAAAGCCAAGGAGGUUCUUCCUCCUGGUAUCCACCUGACUACAUCAUACCAAGAGAUACUCAACAUGCCCGACAUUGAUGCGGUGCUCAUUGCGACGGAAACGGCGAGCCAUGCCCAGCUCACCAUUGACGCGGUAAAGGCGGGCAAGCACGUCCUUCUAGAGAAGCCCAUUUCCAUCAGUGUGGACGCGGCUCGACCAGUGCUAGAGGUCGUCAGGAAGCACCCGGAAAUCCAAGUUAUGGUCGGAUUCUGUCGCCGGUUUGAUGAGUCCUAUCAGUACGCUGCUCGCCUGGCUCACUCAGGCGAACUGGGCAAGACGUACCUCAUCAAAUCGGCGUCCAACGAUACGUACCACCCAACAGGGUUCUUUGUUCAGUAUGCCAAACAUUCGGGCGGCAUCUGGAUCGACGCAGGCAUCCAUGACAUCGACGGUGCCAGAUGGCUCUUGGACGUUGCGAACCCCAAGUCAUUGAGCAACCCCAAGAAACAAGUUUCUUACGUGUACGCGUCUGGAGCGAUCAUCCGUCACCCCGGUCUGGCCGAGCACGGCGACGUGGACUCUGCUCAGGCCAUAAUCAACUUUGAGAACGGCACCUCUUGCAACAUCCACGCCAGUCGGACUUCGAUGCACGGUCACGACAUCUUCUGCGAGGUCUUUGGGACAGAGAGCAAGCUUUAUGUCAACCCGAUCCCCGCUGUCAACAAGGUUCAGAUCCGCGACCGCUAUGGCGUCCGUAAUGAGACGACCAUGUCGUUCCUCGAUCGCUUCAAGGAGGCAUUUGUCAACGAGGUGAACGAGUUUGUCGCGGCGGUGUUGGACUCCAAGCCUAUGCCCGUGACCGUUGAAGACGCCUUCCAAGCAUCACAGAUUGCCGUAGCCCUGACAUGGUCUAUGCGUCAUAACAAGCCCGUGUUCUUUGACGACGAGGGAGAGCCGAUUCUCAGGGACUAG